CCUUUAUCAGUGAAAAAAAUAAGUUUUUUUUUCCAAAAAAGAAAUUUAUGAAAUUCCUAAGAAAAUUUUCAACAAAAUAAAGAAAACAAUAAAAACAAAAAUCAAUAAUAAAAUUUAUAAAUAAAUAAACGUAAUUAUGUAAUAAACAAAUAAAAAAAAUAGCGAGAGAGGCAACAUUUCUAAUAAACAAUAAAAAAAAGAAACCAAAGAAAAGAUUGGCCAAGAAAAUUUUUAUGAAUACGCAGUAAAAAUAAUUAUAAAAACAAAAGAGCAGGACUACAAAUACUAGUCAGAAUAGAGAGUUAAAACAUAAUUUAACAAGUAAAUCGAAUUGCAUUUCCCAUUACUGUGUGAUUAUUUGGCUGCCUAUUGUCUGUGCAAUUGUUAGCAACAUGACCGAUGAGUUGGGGGAUUUACAAAAUGACACCACAGAUACAGCCGCUACACCCUCAUCCACAACCACUGAGUCUACACAAUCUGAAGAGGGUGCUGAGAGUUUAGCUCCCACAUUGCCGCCCAUCACAAACAUUAACAUCCACACCAGUGAUGGCUUAAGGCUGCUCUGUCAAUAUGUGGAUUUUUCAGAAAUUUCUUUUAAAGAGAAAGUCGGCCAUGGUACUUUUGGUGUGGUCUAUAAAGCCAUCUGGCGUGAUCGUUAUGUAGCCGUUAAAGAAUUUGAACCCACCUCAGAGCAAAAAGCCAUCGAAACAGAAGUUAAACAAUUGUCCCGGGUAAAUCAUUCAAAUAUUAUUGCUUUGUAUGGCAUUGCCACCAAUCAAAUGUCAAAGUAUCUGAUCAUGGAGUAUGCAGAGGGCGGUUCAUUGCAUCAGUUUUUGCAUGGCAAAGUGAAGCCGUACUAUGCGACUGCCCAUGCCAUGAGUUGGGCACGUCAGUGUGCUGAGGGUGUUGCCUACUUGCAUGCCAUGAAACCUAAGCCACUAAUACAUCGCGAUUUGAAACCUCUCAAUCUCUUGCUAACCGACAAAGGAAGAUAUCUGAAAAUAUGCGAUUUCGGUACAGUGGCCGACAAAUCGACGCUAAUGACCAACAACAAAGGUUCGGCUGCUUGGAUGGCACCAGAGGUAUUCGAGGGUUCUAAGUAUACAGAAAAAUGUGAUAUAUUCAGUUGGGGCAUUGUGCUGUGGGAGGUGUUGUCGCGUGAGAAACCCUUUAAAGAUGUUGACAAUACAUAUUCGAUAAUGUGGAAAAUACACAAAGGAGAACGGCCGCCCCCCAUACAAAAUUUACCAGAACCCAUAAAACAUCUAAUGACUUCAUGCUGGGCUGACAAACCGGAUUUACGGCCCUCUAUGCAACAUGUUGUGGAUGCCAUGAAUAUCUUAGUGCAAGCAUUUCCGGGAGCAGAUGAACCCUUAGAAUAUGAGUUUAUUAAUCAACAGAUCAUCAGUCCCAAUGCUAAUGAGUCCACCGGCGAUAAUUACGUUUCAGAUUUUAGCAACUUCAAUACGCAAUUAACGCGUAACACCAAUAGCUCAUCUUCCAACAAUUCAACGCCCACAAAUUCUUCCGCUACCAAUCCAUUUCUUAGUGCCACAACAUCAGCCUCUAGACCCAAUGCUUCAUAUGAAUCGAUACGUUGGGAUGUUAUACAUGAAGAGCCCGAUAGUGGUCGUUCCACUGAUCAAUUCGAUAGCAGUAAAAACUUUAAUUUAUCCACAUCGGAAGAGUCAAAGCUGCGUUAUGAAACCAUACGCAAUAGUAUGCAGAAUAAUGCUGCUGUUACUAUGACUCCUUUAGAUAUUACUGUAGAUCCGAAUGCUUGGGAUCUAAAUAAUGAUAAUUUGGCUAGCUAUAAUGCCAAAAAUGAUGCCAAAGAAAUUAAACCCAUUAUAAACACAACAGAAACCCUUAAUCCCAAUAUACCGAAUAUCGAAACGGUUGAUAAUGAUCCCGAUGAGGAUGAGGAUAAUGGACAAUCUUGGCAUGAAAUGUUGGAUCCGGAACUACAACCCGAACCACCCAUACCAGAUAAUCAGGAAUCACAGGAAAUCUAUGCCGAUCACAGUCGUUUAGCCAAAGAAUAUUUAAGAGUAGAAACCAAAUUGUAUUUUUCACAAGAAUUAAGAGCAAAAAUACUGCAACAAAUGGAUCCGGAAGAGAAAAGGGAAAAGGAGGAAUUGUUAAAGAAAUUAAAGGAAAAAGAAGAAUUACUGGAACUCUAUAAUAAUCUUAGAAGUGCCCGACAAACGACUGAGGAAGCCAAUCGUGUGGAAUAUAAUAGCCAAUUUAGUAGUGACGUAGUGCCAGAUGACAGUUGGGUGGUCAUCCAAAGCAAUCAUCAAAAUUCGUAGUAUUUAUAUUAUUAUUAUUUAAGCAUUAGUUUACGUUUAGUUGUUUUUAAGAAAUUUUUUUUGAUGUAUUAAUAUGAGUUUUAAGAGUGAAUGAGACCAGGACCCUGUUUUAGUUUUCUAUUAUUAUAAUUAUUAUUUUUGUAUUUUGUACAGUGUAAUAAUGUAUGUAUGUGAUCUCAGGUUUUAAGAAGUAAAUAUGUAAUUAAUUUAACAUUUAAUCUUUAUGCUUUUAAGACAGUUUUUUAUUAAAUUUUUUUUCUUUUAAUUUCCUUUUUAAUUGUAAGAAAUUAUUAAGUUAAAGACCAUAACUAUAAAUUUAUAACAAUAAAGUAGAAGAAUAUGUAAGAGAA